AUGUCUGUCCAACACCACCCCACGGCCAAUGAUAGCAAAUCCAAAUACAGGAUUGAUGUGCCAUUCAAUAAAAUAAUGGGCAUGGAGCUGACUUCUGAUGGGAUGCUAACAGCUGAUGUGUUUGGUCAUAGUUGGUUUGGUUCACCUUGUGUUGAGCAAAGAUUGGACGGUUCUCAGGUCUGGAAAGAAAUAACCCCUACCAACUCAAGCAGAUCAUCAAGGUUAGUCAUUGUAUUCCAUCUCCAGAAGCUCCCCGAGAAUUUGGAGUCAAAGUUACAAAGAAUACCAUCACUAUGUUCUGCCUUACGCACUAGACUUUGCAACGACUACUCCAAUUUUAAUCCUACCGAAGGGGAAACUCCACACGAUCGUCUACCACUUGUACGUGAUCCUACCCUAGUACGGGCUGCCCAGCUAGCUAUUUUAAAUCUUCGAGAUCAUGCCAGAAAGAAUGCGUCUUUAGACCCCCUUCGGCGGCAUCGAACAUAG